GAGAUUACAUUGCGGCGAUAUCUGUCAGGCACACAAGGAAGCGGGACGGACCUGCCGGCAGGGGGUUUAAACAGCGAAACGGGAUUGCGCAUUGGGUUAAGAAAAUCGGGACCGACCCGCGGAAAACGGGACAGAAAUUGCCAGCAUGACUAAUGAGCUAGAUGUGUUUGUGGGUAACACCACACUAAUAGACGAGGAAGUCUAUCAACUCUGGCUGGAUGGAUAUUCAGUAAGUGAUGCUGUUAACAUUCGACUGAAAAGUGGAAUUCUGGAUCAGACUGGUGCAGGAGCUGAUGUCUUGGAAAGUGACACAAUGGAUCAUUACCGUACAUUUCAAAUGAUUGAGAGGCUUCUUCAUUAUCCUCCAAAACUUGUGCAACAACUGCUUUUUCAGAUACCUCCCUACAAACAAAGCAUGUUAAUUGAAAGAUAUUAUGCAUUUGAUGAGGCUUUUGUCAGAGAAGUCCUUGGUAAGAAACUCUCUAAAGGAACUAAGAAAGACCUUGAAGACAUCAGUUCAAAGACUGGAGUAACCCUAAAAAGCUGCAGGAGGCAGUUUGACAACUUCAAGCGAGUGUUUAAAGUGGUAGAGGAGAUGAGAGGUGCUUUAGUGGAAAAUAUCCAGCAGAAUUUCCUGUUAUCAGAUAAACUUGCAAGGGAUUAUGCCGCUAUAGUAUUUUUUGCCAACAGUCGGUUUGAGACGGGGAAGAGAAAGCUCCAGUACUUGACAUUCGAGGACUUUGCUACCUGUGCUGAACACCUCAUUCAGAACUGGACACUUGGUGCAGUGGAUGUAGCAGAUGACAUGGAUAUGGAUUUAGAUAAAGAAUUUCUCCAGGAUUUAAAAGAUCUGAAAAUUCUGAUAACAGACAAAGACCUUCUGGAUCAGCAUAAAAGUUUGGUGUGUACAUCAUUAAGAGGUAAAAUUAGUGUCUUCCAUGAAAUGGACUCAAAUUUUAAGACACUCUCUCGUGCUCUUGUGAACAUCGGCACAAGUCUAACCCAUAAUAAAGAUGUACGGGAUUUUUUUAUUGACCUUGUAGAAAAGUUUAUAGAGCCCUGUAAAGCUGCUGGGUGGUCUUUCUCAGAUGUCCAGCUUUUUCUUACACAGUACACAGCUUCAGCUCGUGCUCUGGAUGCCUUCAAGCAGCAGGCUCUUUGGGAAAGAUACAUGGGUACACUUCGGAGCUGUCUUCUAAAGAUGUAUCACAACUGAUUACUAUGGAUUGCUUUUAUCCCUGCACGAUUGUACAAUUCUGUAGUUCUUGAAGGACUGAUUACUGUAAAUAAUAAUAAUAUAGAGAUAUGUCAAGUAUGCAAAGCAAUAUCUAUAACAAUUUAUUUCUCCCUGUUUUAUGGAAUCUGUAUACAAGUGUGUUUAACACACUAUUACCUUACUUUGAUUACAUCUUAUUUCUGUUAUUUGAUGUAUGUAUGUACAUAACUAUUUCUGUAUGGCUUGUUUAUAUAUAAAUGAACAACCAUGAUGUUUUUUUUAAUAAAAUUAUUUUU